AUGUGGAGAUGGAAAACAAAUGCUAAAUAUCCAACUCCAGAAAAGGUAAAAGAUGAAAUUAUAAUGAUGUUAAAGGGUAUGGUAACAGCAACACUUUGCCCAGCUUUAGCGCUUCAAUUGGCCCAAAGAGGUAUGUCAAAGGCAUACUGUGGUGUCGGUGAGCUCGGCUGGGGAUACCUUGCCUUGUCGUUUUUAGGUGUUUGGAUCGCCUCUGACUUUUUCGAAUUCUUUUAUCAUCGUAUGGGCCAUACCACCGACUUUUUCUGGAAGAUUCACAAGCCACAUCACACUUUUUACAACCCAAGCCCAUUUGCUGUCAUUGCCGACGAGUACCUCGACCAAUUGGUUCGUUCUGCACCACUCCUCAUCUUCCCAAUGAUCGUGCCAAUCAACAUGGACAUGAUGUUUGCCCAAUUUGCCAUCUUUUUCUACGGCUAUGGUUCCUACCUCCACUGGGGCUACGAAUUCAACUACCCAGAUGCCCAUCACCCAAUCGUCAACACCUCCUUCCAACAUUACCUCCAUCACGCCAUCUCUAUCAAGAACCAACCAUACCACACUGGUUUCUUCUUCAAGGUCUGGGACCAAAUCUUUGGCUCCACCUACAAGGGUGACUGUUUCUGUGCCAAGUGCGAACAGAAAAAGGGCGAACGUACCAAGGAAAAGUGGGACAAGGUUGCCAAACCAAAUUAUUCCGUUUUAUUAAAACCAUCUUUCUGGUUAAAGGGAAAUAAUAAGGCUUAA